UAAAACUCGUCACUUUUCUGAGGAAAAAUAGCUAAACAUUGUAUUUAUAGGGACAGGUUUCUGAAGCGUCGGAAGACAAACCAUGUAUCUUUAUAACCGUAUACAUAUUAAAAAGCAUUUAAAACAUUUCCAUGUUAUUUGCGAGGGAUUUCAUUGUGAUUGCUUGGUUGUCUUUAUGUGAUGUUAAUUCGCUGUUGCUGUUGCAGCAAACAAGAGCAAAUUCAGCGGAAGGAAAUCAAUUGUCACUCGAAGUGGCAGCUUGCCGGUGUUUGUCCGCGUAGAUCGUUACGAAGAAACUUAGCACAUAUUUCGACCACAGCAGGCAACGGAGAACUCGAAAUAGAUCUUUCUGAUACCAGCGGUAACUAACUUGAAAAGCGUCAUUAUGCUUGCAUCCUCAACAGCACGUAUGGCUUCAGCUUCUCGUAGCCUGAUGCUCAAUGUAGUCAGCGCACGCUUCCAGCCGAUUUGCAGCACCAUGUACGCUCCGCUCCAGCCACUUACUGGCCGGAACAAAUAUCCUGCGUUUAUGGUGCCGCACGUUCGCUCAUUCCAGUCCACAAUGGCCCGGCGUGAUAUUGAUUCUGCUGCCAAGUUCAUCGGAGCAGGUGCUGCCACGGUAGGAGUUGCCGGAUCGGGAGCUGGAAUCGGGACCGUUUUCGGAUCUCUGAUCGUCGGAUAUGCUAGAAACCCGUCGCUGAAGCAGCAACUGUUCUCUUACGCCAUUCUUGGAUUCGCCCUGUCCGAAGCCAUGGGUUUGUUUUGCUUGAUGAUGGCUUUUCUUCUAUUGUUUGCAUUUUAACAUGCUUAUCUAGAUGUAGUCAGAGAUAGUAUAAACCCAACCAUAGAGGAGAGUUUUCCGUAGCAAUCAAAAUGAAUGCAGGGAAUUACUACAUCUUUCCAAACCGGAAAAACUUUUUGAUGGUAUAAUGCAUAAUAAAUGGUUCACAAUAUGAAGGAUCCAACCAUUAUUGUAACUGAAUUAAAA